UGCCACCUAUGAAUGCCAAUUCCUAUACUGAUCAUAUUCAAGCUAUCCAUGCAGCUGCUAAGAGAGUGCACAAGCUGGAGUGGAAAAGAAGAUACUGAAGAGUAUGAAGCUUGGUGGGAACAUCAUCAACCCAAAUGCCAUCAAAAUUUUGAAGGAUCUUCAAAUGCUAUGGAUGCUGCAGGAUGCAUGGCUAUUUUCAAUCGGUCAAUAGAGAAACAUUCAUUGCGCUAUGUGGAUUUUCUUGGAGAUGGAGACAGUAAAGCCUACAGUGAGCUUGUUCAAUCUCGUGUUUAUGGUGAAAAGGAAGUCACAAAACUUGAAUGUGUUGGGCAUGUUCAGAAACGAAUGGGGUCGAGACUUCGCUCUUUGAAGAAGAAAAUGGGAAAGACACGGUUAGUGGAUGGCAAAAAUAUUGGAGGAAAAGGAAGACUGACUGACAAAGUUAUAGAUAAUCUGCAGGUUUAUUAUGGAAAAGCAAUAAGGGACAAUUGUAAAGAUAUAAACAAAAUGGAAAAUGCAGUAAUGGCAAUAUGGCACCAUACUAGGUCAUCUGAUGAAAACCCCCACCAUGAGCUUUGUCCUACAGGUGAAACAAGCUGGUGCGGUUUUCAAAGAGAUUUGGCAAAAGGCACAUCUGCAUAUUGUCAUGAGCAUCCCCUUCCAGAAGCUGUUGCAGAUUGUAUCUACCCAGUUUUCAAGGACCUGAGCAAAAAACAGCUCUUGUCUUCUUGUUUGCAUGGUGGUACACAGAACCAAAACGAGGCUUUCAAUGCACUAAUCUGGCAACGUGCCUCUAAGCAAACUCAUUCAAGUCUCCCAACAGUUGAGUUAGCAACAUACCUAGCUGUUGGCUGUUUCAAUGAUGGUGCAAAAACCAUUGUAAAUGUCUUGGAAGGUCUAGGAAUAAAAGCUGGGACACAUACUAAGAAAGCUUGUCGGAAACAAGAUUUUACUCAUCUCCAUCGCUCUGCCCAAAAGCCUCUGACCGUCAGAAAAAAGAAAACAGAUAAGACAAAGGAAAAAGGUUAUAUUGAAGACCUUAUAACAAAGGAAGGAACAAUGUAUGAAGCUGGAGCAUUUUAA